GCGGGGCGACGGGGAGGGCUACUUGCGGGCCGGCUGCCGUUCGUCCGCCAGUCUGCUGACUCCUGGCGCCGCGUCUCUUCGUCGGUCUCGGCCACCCGCCCCGCGCCUCGAUGUCGCCAGCCGCAGACGGCAUGGCUCCUCUCUGCUUCAAUUGCUCCAUCCUCCCUGGAGACGUGCCCCCCGCGGAUGCCAGGAGCCUGGUGCCUUGCAAUGGCAGUAGGGACCUGAACCUCACUGAUGAGGAACUGAGACUCAAGUACCUCGGGCCCCAGCAGACAGAGCUGUUUGUGCCCAUCUGCACCUUGUACCUGCUGAUCUUCGUGGUGGGCGCCGUGGGCAACGGGCUGACCUGCACGGUCAUCUUGUGCCACAAGGCCAUGCGCACCCCCACCAACUACUACCUCUUCAGCCUAGCGGUGUCCGACCUGCUGGUGCUGCUUGUGGGCCUGCCGCUGGAGCUGUAUGAGAUGUGGUGCAACUACCCCUUCCUGCUGGGCGCCGGGGGCUGCUACUUCCGCACGCUGCUCUUCGAGACAGUCUGCCUGGCCUCCGUGCUCAAUGUCACCGCCCUGAGUGUGGAGCGCUACGUGGCCGUGGUGCACCCGCUGCAGGCCAGGUCCGUGAUGACUCGGGUGCACGUGCGUCGCGUCCUCGGGGCCAUCUGGGGCCUCGCUGUGCUUUGUUCUCUGCCUAACACCAGCCUGCAUGGCAUCCAGCAGCUGGAAGUGCCCUGCCGGGGCACGGUGCCCCACUCGGCUAUGUGCACCUUGGUCCACCCGCGGGCCCUCUACAACCUGGUCGUGCAGAUCACCACUCUGUUCUUCUUCUGCCUGCCCAUGGCCACCAUCAGCGUGCUCUACCUGCUCAUCGGGCUCCGGCUGCGGCGUGAGAGAUUGCUGGUGCUCAGGCAGGAGGCCAGGGGCGGGGCCAGGUCCAGGGACAGCUGCAGGUUUCAGCGGUCGCAGGAUCGGGGCCGGACACAGGUGACCAAGAUGCUGUUUGUGCUGGUCGUGGUGUUUGGGAUCUGCUGGGCCCCUUUCCACGUUGACCGCCUCAUGUGGAGCUUUGUGUCCCAGUGGACCGAGGGCCUGGACCUGGCCUUCCAGCACGUGCAUGUCAUCUCCGGCGUCCUCUUUUACCUCAGCUCGGCCGUUAACCCUGUGCUCUACAACGUCAUGUCGAGCCGCUUCAGGGAGACUUUCCAGGAAGCCCUGUGCUUGGGGCCUCAGUGCCGCUACCACAGACCCCACCACAACUCCCACAGCCUCAGCAGGGUGACCGUGGGCAGCACCCUGUGUGACCUGGGCUCCCUGGGCAUCAGGACCCACCCGCUGACUGAGAAUGGUGGCCGAGAGGGGCCGCAAGAGACUGACCCCUUCUGAGUGGAGCCUGGGAGCAGCUUCACCCAGAGAGGCCAGAGCGCCACUGGCAGUUUCGGGAGCCAUACUUGCCCUCCUCGUGACCUCUCCCCCUUUGUGUCCCAUCCCCACCUCCAGAUAAACUCUGACUGGCACCUCAGGGUCUCCUACCCCCACCUAAGCUUUUGGAAGGGAGAUAAGGUUGCUGUCUGCCCUCCAGAGCCCCAGGCCCACAGGUGAAGCCCUCCCUCUACAGAAACAAGGCAGCUGGUGAACUGGCAGAGCAAGCCUCCCCCUGGGGUCCCCCCCACAGCCACCCCCAGUUUCUGAAAUGUGUUCAUGGGGCCCUUUGACCCAUGACCUUUCCUUCCCAUUUCUCGUUGAGAUUUUGCAGGUUCUGGCCCGUUCUGGCCCUUUCUAGGUCUUGGCCUGUACCUGGCACCCCUGCCAUCCUGACCCUCCGUGGCCCCCACCCAGUCAGCUCAUUCUGCUGUGAUCUCCACCCGGUGGAGUGGCUGGGUGGCGGGGGUGCCAGGGAUCCAGGGGACCUGGUUCCGAUCUCGGCCCUGCUGCCACCGCCUUGCAGCGUGCUGUCAGCUUUCCCAGCCUUGGUCCCUUGUUUGCAAAAUAAAAGGGGCCCUGACACUUCAUAGUGUCACCCUUUGGCACUUUA